AAGAUGAAAGAAGGGAUAUAGAUAUUAUAUUACUCGCUGAUGACAUCAUGGUACGAAUAGAAACUCAAUGGAAAAUUGGAUUCAAAGUUGCUGACAAUCAAUAGGUAUGUAUGACCAACCACAUGCCAGUGAGUUGUGAGGGGGUGUAUAUAUAGGCGAUGAUUAAGAGACAGAACAAAGUGUGCCACAGACCUCGGAGAUAGAAGUACAUAUAUCAGAUAUAUCACUAUUUAAGUUGAAACUGGAAGUGAGACAAGCAUAGUAUAGCCAUGAUGAUGGGUUCAGAGAAAGCGUGGAAGAAAGGGCCUUGGACUAUUGAAGAGGAUAAGCUGCUUACUGAAUACGUGAACUUGCAUGGUGAAGGAAGGUGGAGUUCAGUGGCCAAGUUUACAGGGUUGAAUAGGAGUGGGAAAAGUUGCAGGUUGAGAUGGGUCAACUAUUUGAAGCCUGGGCUGAAGAAAGGCCACUUGACACCUCAAGAAGAAGCCAUCAUCUUUGAAAUCCAUGCUGUACUGGGCAACAAGUGGUCUACCAUAGCAAAAUAUUUGCCGGGUAGAACAGACAAUGAGAUUAAGAACUACUGGAGAACCCACUUCAAGAAGAAAGACAAAUCCUCCCGUAUUAAUAAGAAGCAUGAAAAGAGAAGAUCAAGGAUUCAAAAACAGAUGAAACAACAAGAGCAGCAGCAGAAACAACAACCUCAACAGUAUGAUCUGCAAAGCAGGACCUCGUCUCAUGCGGACUCAAACAAUCAAACAAACUUUUCUGGGACAGUUCUACAAGACAACUACCACCUAGUUACCACCACGAUGGAAGAGCAAAUUAAUUACUUUCCUUUCGUGUAUCAGGAUUACUUUCCAUCCCCGUGGCCUCAAAGUACGGGAGAAGAAGAUGAAGACUUGUGGGUUACGUUAUGGAACCUUGACGAAGAAACACAAGGUCAUGGAGAUCAUGUAAACCAGUUCAACAAAGUUUCCAUUCCAAACCAAGUUACAACUUCUUCUUUCGAUGAUAUUACCAACGACCUCUGCUUUGCGAAAUACGUGUCCGGCUGAACUUCCUGACUUAUUUAUGUUGUACUCUUAGUGUUUGCAGCUAUGUUAUUCAGUAAAUUUUCUUUUCUUCUUUUCUUCUGCAAUCGAAAAAUUGUAACUCAUCAGUGUACUUAAACUAAACUGCUGUUUCUUGUUGGAA